CAGUUUAGAGUCAUUAAAAAGCUCCGCCUCCAUGCCACCCACCACCACCAUUGAAAUCCAAAACAAAAUAGUUUCUCUUCUCCCUUUCUUUUCAUCCCCUCUCUCUUCUCUUCUCUCUGCAACACUAAUGGGCAAAGAAGAGCAGAAGCCACAUGCAAUCUUUGUUACAUAUCCUCUCCAAGGUCACGUAAUCCCAUCCGUCAAUCUCGCUAUCAAGCUUGCAUCAAAGGGUUUCACCAUCACCUUCAUCAACACGGAUGCCAUCCAUCACAAGACUUCCAAAGCGCGACUCGACAGUGGCGGCGGCGGUGGUAGCGGUGGCGGCCACGACGAUGAUAUCUUCGCCGGAGCUCGUAAAGCUGGCUUGGAUAUACGUUAUAGAACCGUAACGGAUGGUCUACCCGUGGAGUUCGACCGUUCUGUGAACCACGACCAAUUUAUGGCUUCUCUCCUCCACGUUUUCUCUGCCCACGUGGAGGUUCUUGUUCGUAAAAUCAUUAAAUGUGAACCGCCCGUUACUUGCUUGAUCGCUGAUACUUUCUUUGUGUGGCCCUCCAUGAUCGCCAAGAAGUUCGGUCUCCUUUAUGUCUCUUUCUGGACUGAACCGGCUUUGAUUUUCACUCUUUACUACCACAUCCACCUUCUUAGAGCCAACUCUCACUUCGCUUGUCAAGAUAAAAGAGAGGACACCAUAGAUUACAUACCCGGUGUAUCAUCGAUCGAGCCGACCGAUUUGACAUCAUACCUACAAGAUACCGAUACAACGACAGUUUGUCACCAGAUCAUCUACAAGUGCUUUGAGGACGCUAGAGGAGCUGAUUUUGUGUUAUGCAACACCGUACAAGAGCUGGAGCCCAACACAAUCUCGGCCUUACAGGUGGAGAUGCCGUUCUACGCUGUGGGUCCCAUCUUCCCGACCAAGAGUCUCGUGGCUACGAGCCUGUGGUCCGAGAGCGAUUGCACCCAGUGGCUCAACACUAAGCCUCAUGGUUCGGUUUUGUACGUGUCAUUCGGUAGCUACGCCAACCUAAGCAGGCAUGAGAUCAUGGAGAUAGCUAAGGGUCUCCACCUCAGCAAAGUUAAUAUUCUUUGGGUGGUCCGCCCCGAUAUCGUGGUUCCAGAGGAAGGUGACCCGUUACCCGAUGGAUAUAGGGAAGAUAUGGGAGAGAGAGGGCUGAUCGUUCAGUGGUGCCGUCAGUUGGAGGUUCUAAAGCAUCCGGCUGUUGGCGGAUUCUUGACCCAUUGUGGUUGGAACUCUAUAUUGGAGACCAUAUGGUGUGGGGUACCAAUGCUGUGCUACCCUCUAUAUACGGAUCAGUUCACUAAUAGGAAAUUAGUGGCGGGUGAUUGGAUGGUCGGGUUGGAUCUCUGCCAGAGCAGAAAUCGGGUCACGAAAGAUGAAGUAGCGAAAAAGAUCAACCUUCUGAUGAGUGGGAAAGAUGGGGAAAAAUGUAGGGAGGAGAUCAAGAGUGUGAGGAAAGCAUUUGAGAAUGCAACGGCGGCGGAUGGGUCAUCUUCCAGAAACUUGGAUCAAUUUAUUGUGGACCUAAGGGACCGGACGGCAGCUGCACCGCAUCGGAGCAUGGAGGUUCGGAUUUAACCUGAUCCAUUAUCCAUUUGUGCUACUUCUCCACCCAAACUUGUAAUUUAAGAAUGAAUUGAUUUUAGCUUAGCUUCUUUUUUUACUUUUUUUUGGUAGAAAGUUUAGCUUGGUAAUAAAGGACAAAGAAGGUGAGAAAAUGAGAGCAUAUAUGAUAUUUUAUGUGCACUUUCUAGAAGUGCUAAACAAAAAAGGCGGAAGACUGAAGGCCAACAUCCAACCUUUCCUUUUUUUAUUUUUAUUUGUGAAAUAGAAGUCUAAAAGAUAAUGUGGUCCCGAUUCUUCGAUACAAGGGGUGAAUUGAUCAUUUUACCCAUCAUGAAAA